UUAUAUUUUAAUGUUAUAUUGUUAUUCAUUCUUAUUAUUUUUAUUACAACGUCACCCACUUGUUCAUACCUACUUAUCUAAAUUAAACGCUCACUUCGCAGUGAGUAAAUGUAUAUGGUUUAAGAAACACCCAUUAGUUACUUUCCAUCCUACAAACGUCAAACAUACAACUCUAAUGAAUAAAAAUGAAGCCCCUUAAAGUUAUAAAUCACCAACAAAUCGAUCAAACGCCUCUAACCGAAACACGUGGACGCGUUUAAACUCGUUACACAACUAAAUACAAUACAUUUUCAUUGACAGAACUACUUUAACAACAAAAAGCCUCUACUUCGAUUCAACACGGUCCAUAAGACGCAUUCAUAACACGAUAGAAUCCCACUUCAAAAAUAAACCAACCACUCUGGCCCGUCAAAAUUAAAAACAAAACUCAUAAGUCGAGUCAUCAACAUCAGUCAGCGAUGAUGCGCUGCACCGUUAGGCCGUCGACACAACGAUCUACAUAUCGAGAGUCCUUUCCGUGAGAAAAUCUUUAGAAUCAUCGACAUCGACAGUUCUAAUACAUCCUAUGCUCGGAGGCUGAGCGAAGGUUUCGUAGGUCGAAAAGCGCGCGAACGCAGUGUGGCGCCGAUGCCCGUGCGCACAGCACGCUCACACGACUGCGCGUGCGCGACCACGCGACCACGCGACCUGUCAGCCGCUGUCAGUUCCGACUUCGAACUCGGAACGCGAACCUGGCAAAUUGACUUUUAAAAUGGAACGGAUGACUUUCGACCUUUUUGCCGUUGACCUGACUUAAGGAAAGCUUUUUUUUGUUCAGGAGUGUUUCCUAAAGGGUGAAGUGACAUUAUUUUUAAAGCUGCUGUAUUAAGUAUUUCAAUAUUUGCUCGCAGUGUUCCGAAUUCAGUGCUAAACGAUCUCUAGGUCUGUUUAAUAUUCUGUGCGAGGCAAGGCGAAAAUUUGACUGGAAGUGUGAACUGUAUAGGUGUGAACUGUUGAUUUGCUGAAAAUUGUGCAUCUACUGAACAGAAUCUUUUUUUGCACAUUUUUGGGAUACAUUUUUGGAUUCAGGAUUGCUACAGAACUUACGCUGCUUGGUGUGACGUCAGAGGAGCUGCGGUCGUCGUGUCGCCAAUGAUGACAACGGGCGGGGCGCGCGGGGACGCCGACCAGAGCGUGCCGAUAUACCUGACGCACUCCACAAGCCAACAUGUUCACGAGGUAUGGUUCGACCAAGGCAAAUCAACGAAAGGCGCGAGCAAGCUCCGACGCGACCUCAUCAACGCAGAGAUAGCGAACCUCCGCGACCUGCUGCCGCUGCCGCCCUCCACCCGGCAGCGGCUCUCGCAGCUGCAACUCAUGGCGCUCGUCUGUGUCUACGUCAGGAAGUCCAACUACUUCCAACAAGUUUUCAAACGCUUUGACAUCAACCAACAACCGUCUACUACCCUCAACUUUGGAUUUUCAAAGGCACUAAACGGGUUUCUGAUGAUGAUGACACAAAACGGCAAGCUCCUAUACAUAUCGGACAACGCAGCGGAAUAUCUAGGACAUUCUAUGGAGGACCUCCUAAUACACGGUGACAGUGUUUACGACGUGAUCGAUAAGCAGGACCAGCAAGCGGUGCGCACCGAGCUGUCGCGAGCGCCGGCUGAUGGCGAGGACCGAGUCUUCCUCUGCCGCAUGAACGUAGCCAGGAAUGCUCGGAGACAGAUGCGGUUUGGAGAUCAAAAAGUGAUAUUAGUUCGAGGCCACUACGUGUCAUACCUGCCGCUGUGCAGCCGCAACGAGCCGGUGUUCCUGGCGGUGUGCACGCCGCUCGCCAUGCCUGAGACGCGCGAGUGCGUCGUGCACGGCGCCACCAACGUCUUCACUACCGUACACGCUAUGGACAUGAAGAUAUUGCAUAUUGAUACUAAUAGCGAAUGGCAUCUCGGGUGGGAGAGGAGCUCUCUGCACGGAGUCAGCUGGUACCACCUCCUGCACCCAGACUGUUGCAAGGAAGCACAGAGCAAACAUCGAUUAAUAACCCAGUCGGAACAAGAGCGGUCCUGCAUAGCGUUACUGCGUCUCCAGCGCCGCUCCGGCCAGUUCCUGUGGGUGCAUGCUGUUCUGCAGCUGAAAGACAACCUGGAGAACUCACAGAGACCCGUCAUUGUCUGCACUAACCAAGUGUUAAGCGAGCAAGAAGCAGCAGUAAUGAAGGCAAACCCUUGGCUCUAUCACUACUACGCAGUACAAUCCAAGCUGCACUACGGGCUAGCAUACGAAGCCGCGACCAGAAUGUACGGGCCACCGCCUCCUGACAUCCAAGUCUAUCCACCAGCCAUGCAGUACACCCCAACCCCGCCAGUCUGCAUCAACGGCAACCAGCCCGUUAUGAUGCCCAAUCCUGGGAUACAAUCCCAUAUACCGCAUGUCCCGCCCCACAUAGCACCAAUGCAUUACGCCUAUGAGAGGCCAGAUAAUGGACCCGUUGAUUACUCCGUCUCACUACAAGAGAACAGAUAUCACAAUUUACGGAUAGAAGAUACCAGGAUCCAACCUAACGCUAAACGGAAAGGGAAAAACGUAGACGAUAAACCAAACACGCCCAUAUCAAACAUGUCACCUCGUUGUACACCUUCAACUGUCACAUCAGUAGGAGACACACUAGUAGCUGUCUCAGCUGGGUCCAUAGCCAGUAGGCGACCUGGCUCGAAGAACUUCAAUAUAACUGAAACCGAAAUGGUGGAUCAAUGGAACCCGAGCCCCACGUGGUCAGAGUCAGCUCUACAAAAAGUCCCGGACGUUUGUCACCAAGAUCUAAGUCCUUACGUGACGACCACGCCGCCCACACCAUCCGGGACACCUACAGCCUACACACACAACUACAGUCAUACGUUCGUAUUCGACUGGUCACCUGAGCAAUAUGUUCCUCAUACUAACAAUAGAUGUAACACAAUUACUACAGAAAGUUCCUAUCAGCAAACGUGGAAUAGGAGUCAACGAACGUUCGCUAAUAACGCGGAGAGUUCGGUAGAUGAAAACUCCAAUCCUAAUAGACUAAGUUUACCAAUGAGGGUCAGUAAUCCACCGCCAGCCUAUAAUGCAUCUAGGGAAGACGUACUCAGGAGGCAAAUUGAUCGUCCACAUCCCGAUUCACCGGAUGCCAAAAAGCCAGCGUUAUAACUUUAGCAUAAUUCCAUGUAAUUCUUCGUGUAGUUAAAUAUUUGUUACCUUGUAAUAAUAAAUUUUAUUAAUUAUAGAAAAGCUCUGGAACUCUCCUGUGAUCUUUGUGUUAAUAUAUUUGUAUAGGUAAUGCUAAUUAUUUGUACAUAUUGUCAGGUAAUGAGGAUACUGUACAAAAUAAUAGUAGGUGAUAAUGAAGUAAAACGUAUUAUUAUUCACAUAGAAUGUGACUUGUUUGUGUAUACGAAGUGUAUUUUUGUAAAUAUGUAAGUAAUAAUGUAAGUUCGUAUUGUACUUAGGUAAAUCGAUGACUUUGUUUCCGUGCUCCUUUUAUUCCCAGAGCUAUUCAUAAAUUAUGCGCAAACGCAAUAUUGCUUUGGGUACCGUUGAACUACGAGGUUGCAAAUCCCUAUUGAAUAAAACAAUAGUAAGUCUGGUUUUAGCUCGUUGUUCUAAUUUCUCGUUCUGACUUUUAAAUUUCAAAACUGCAUAAGAGAAAUUCCUUACAAAUGUUUUUUCGUACUGCUAGUUACUCGGCGGGUUUGGAGUAUUCUUCAUUUGUCAAUACUUUGCAUUCAUAAAAAUUGUGAUUAAUUAAAUACUUGUACUUGUUUGUUUUGCGUAUAGGACAUCUCAUAUGUUGUGAAAUGGAUUUAGCAUAAGUUUGCUCAUUUGCCACGCUAAGUUCCUUUGAUUAUCACUUCUAGGCUUACGCUGUAAUUUAAUCACAUCAAUCAAUUCAGUAUCGCAACUCAUAGAAUUAAGAAUAUUGUACAAAAUAGUCUUAAGUAUGUAAAAUAUGAAACUGGAACAACUAUUUGUAACGGAAGUAUCUAGUAUUAAUUUAUGAUCACUAGUUUGUUGUGAAUUUUGCGAAGUAAAGAUUAUUUUGACCUUA